AUGAAGCAACUUACGGCAACAUUCCCUAUUGAGGUAUUCCUACGCAUUGUCCACUAUCUCAACCGACAAGACUUGGUUCAAUGCCAAUGCGUGUGUCGCAGCUGGUACAAGAAAUGGAUCCAAUUCAGCUACGACACGGUUCACAUUCGAGGCAAGGCACAAUUCCAAUCCUUCUUUUAUAAUACACUACAAGCUUCGUUAAUGGCUGCCCCGUAUUCCACGGGUUAUCACAUCCGUAAGCUGGUGGUUGAAAAUGGUCAUAUUGAACCCUCUGUGCUGGGUCAGUUACCUCCCUUGUGUCCUAACUUGGAGGUAUUCAUGUUUGAUGGCGUUACAUUGAGCCAACUAGCACGUCGUGAAUCGUUCCAGCACUACCAGCAACGUAGAAACCGAGAAGAACUGGACAAGAUACGGCAUCAUUUUGCGCUAUGGAAGCAGAUACGUGAAUUGGUCGAGUUGAACGGCAUUGCAGUGGCUCAUGCCUUGCUACAACAACCCGCUACUCAAUUGACAUCCUUGUCAGUGCAAUUCAUUAAUCAAAGUGAUAGAACCAACUCGAAAUUAUCCUUGAUUCAAUCGCUGCAUCAUGCGCCUCAUCUACAAUCACUUGGCAUUGAAGGCAUCUAUCUUACAGUGGAAGAACUGGAGUUGAUACACGACAGUUGCCCUGGGCUGGCGUCGUUGCAUUUAUCAGAUACAGUACUCCUACCCAUGUCAUCAACAGCAGUGCAAGGCCAAGCUUAUAUUCAACCGGCUAUGGACAUGAGGCGGUUUCGAUUCGUCAAUGGCAGCUUUUGCGACGAUGUACCUCAAUGGCUCAAUUACAUUUCCAAGAAAUACAGGCACGCCAGACGUUUGGAGGUGGGUUCUUGCUCUUUCUUUGCUGGAGCCCAAGAGCAAAAAGAGAGUGAAUGCGAUCCUCGGCUGAACAGCACUACCUACGAGCCACAGCUAUUGCAAAUAGCGAAGGUGUGCAACAAACUGCACGCAUUCAAGAUGCAAUCCUUUUGUCUACUAGAUCCAUUCUUCCAGCUCCUGGAUCAGCAUGCCAUCUUUUUGAACGAACUCGCCUUGGGCGAUGGUCUUACAAACAAUUUGGCUUUGGAGUUAAAAGGACUACUGAAAUCACAACAACGGCAUUACAUAAAAACUCUCAUAGUGCUCGCUUGGCCAUUGGCAAUUGAUAUCAGAGGGUUACACACUCUAAUGUCUUCCCUGGGACAAUGCACAAAUAUCACAACACUGAAUUUGUCACUUGGAAGACACUUUUACCAAAACGAUACGAUGCUGACAUCGCCUUCUACCACCAUCGUUGGCAAUGCGACCAUGUACCUCGAUUUUGUAUUGGCUCAAUGCCCUAAAUUGACACAUCUCACGAUAUCAGACGCUAAGCUGACUUGUACCAACAACACCAUGUUACCUGCCCAUACAUCGCAUCAUUACACAUUGACAUCACUUCGACUGGAAAAUGUCUUGAUUGAUAGCAGCAGUGAUGUCUUUUGCAUCAUUGCUGUUCAGUGUCCGCAUCUCGUUGAUCUGUUCCUGAUUUCCACCAUCUCUAGCCCUGUCUAUCACAAUACCCGCAACUUUAACAUAUAUCUACCUCGGCAUCAGCUAAGAACACUAGUCUUGGAUCGCAUUCGGGUCUCUAGAAAGUGCAGUGUACGACUAGGCACGUCUCGAUUCAAGAUCGUUCAAGAUUCCAAAGUUAUUUGGUAUGAUUUGAUCGGCUAUGAAUGCUGUACCAGUCGGUCUAUUACUAGCAAUAUCAUUCAAGAUACUCAAAUGACGUCCAUGGACAAGAUGAGAGCUCGCAAGGUGAAAAAGAUUCAGGAUUCAGAUGUAUGUUACAGCAGUUUGGAUCAAAGCGUCUAUGUAUCUGUCGUGUGCAAAAGUAUUGAAUCACUCUAUUUAACUGGCCUUCAUAUUAUGUAA